AUAUAUCUAACAGGUUGACCGAAGUUGUACCUUCAACCUCUUCAAUUGAUGAAAAUAUUAAAAAAGUGAAGAAUAUGGUGCUAUUUACGAUUGCGAUCUGAACAAUAUAUUUUACAAGUAUGUAUGUAUGUUAUGCAUAGACGGACGGAGGAGCAUACGGAAAUCAAAAUCCAUAUGGUCUUUUAAAUCUUAAACGUUCACAUUGAAUAAACUGGACGUUUUAUCUAUUCUCUCUAAAAAGCGAACUCUUAAGUGACUUACGUAUUCAAAUUGAUUACAUUUAUUUGUGUUCCAUAAAGACGACAACUACUUUUUGAUAAGUGGAUUUAAAGUUGUGCGUAUUCAGAAUAAAAGGAAACGAACACGAGAAAACACACGAAGAUGGCUAUACUGCAGUCUUGUUGCUUUUGGAAGACGGUGCGUACCGGUAGCAUUGCAAGCGCCACAUACACUUUGGUGUACUUUGGUUUCUCCACCGUUGUUAUGCUCAUUACUGUUUAUGAUGAACAGGAGUUUCUGGCCGGCAGCAGAGAGCAACCAUUAGGGGAAAGCAUCUUGGCUAAGGGAGAGAUAACACCGGCUAUUCUUGUAUUUAAUAUUCUCUUUCUGGUUUGCUCGUUCUUCAUCGUCAUGUCGUCGCUCUUAACGUUCGUGGGGCUGAAGCAGAAUCGUCGUCAGCUGCUGUUACCCUGGAUUAUUUUCAUGCUUUGCGAUAUCCUGAUUGAAAUUAUGCACUUGGGGUAUUUAUCAUUUACGCAAAUCGUCAAUUUCGAUCCCGUCGUCGGCUUUAUAUUCACCAUCGACUUUUUUAUAAUGUGUCUAAAUUCUUACUGUCUGCUGUGCGUGAUAUCGCAAUAUCAAAAUUACCUGCAAGGACUGGGCUGCGGGAAUCAACAGAUACGGACGGACGUAAUGAAACAAGCAGCUGAUGAUGCAGCUGGCUCUAGUCAAAGUUAUCUGCGUGCAACGAAAAUACAAAAAUCUAUCGCCAGUCCUUACAUAACAACAAAUCCGCACACGCACAUUUCGACGAUACACGAGGAGAUGGACCAAAAUCAUAAAAUUCCUUCGGAUUCAGCGGAAGUGCCGAGCGAACAGGCUGAAGACAACUGCUUACAUAUAACUGUCAAUAUUCCGUCUCCGUUAUAAAUGUGACAUUACCAGCGUUUCUCCUCUAGGGGAACCGGCAAUGCGGGACAGAGAGGACAAACAGUAGUAGGAGCUGCAUCAGGACUUAUAAUGGAUGUAUGCGACAAUUGCGCCUAUUUAGCUGAAGUUGGAAAAUUGUUGUUGCAACUAUAAGCACCGAAAAUUACUUUGCAUAAGUGCUGCAUAAAUAUAUGUGAGGGUCGUGUGCGGUAAAAAUGCGGGCAGCAGGUUGGGGAAAGAAGAAGAAGAAAAUCAUUUUUCGAAGUCUCAACACAAUUUUUAUUCCAGCAAGUGCAUACUUCUUUGUCAAUUUAACAACAGAAUUUAUGGGGAAAUAAGAAGAGUUUCACUGCUCCGUUUUUCCUGGUCUAAAUGUAUGUGUAUGGCUAUGUAUGUACAUAUGUAUAGUAUAUUAUUUUACUAAAACAAAUUUCACGGCUUCACAUACAUAUGUAUAUACAAAUUACUUACGACAGCAUUGUAAAAUAAAUAUGAUUUGAAGAGGGUGUUCAUUUAGUGGUAAAAAGGUGUUCUUUUAAAUAAAAUACAGAUCCUAGAAAAAGAUUGUUUCCAGGUCAUAGUUAUUGGUAAAAAUUUGCCACUGAUCUGACAUUGCCUACAAAAAGUCAAAUAACCAGCCCAUUAGCUUUUAAGCGAUUAAAAUAGUUAUGGCAAACCAAAAACCUUGUUGACUUUUGACUCCACUUUCGGUUCCAAAAAUGGAUGGAAUAAU